AUGCCUACUCAUGAAAACCUUGAGAAAUGGAGUCCAUCACAAGUAAUCAGUUUAUUAAAGUCAAAAAAAGACGAGUUGUUUCUUAUAGACGAAGAUUUCCAAAUAAUUGAAGAACACAGAAUAUCCGGCCAAGAAUUUUUCGAAUUAACUAAAGAAGAACUUAGAGACUAUGGAUUAAAAGGGGGGCCGGCAACAAGAAUCACAAAAUUUUUUGAGGAAUUGA